GAGGCGGGCAGAUGAAGAUCGUCCCCACGAAGAUCAGGAAACUGUGGAGUGCGGAUGAAAUCCGCAUCCUGGUCCUCCUCAGCCUCGGCUUGCAGAUCGUCCUCAUCUUCGUCUCCCUCUUCCGGAAGCGGUGCCAGAACAGGCUGUUGAGCUUCAUCCUCUGGACUUCCUACCUGGGCGCCGACUACGUCGCCGCCUUGGCGCUCGGCAACCUCCUCAACGACCAGACCGAGGCGAGCGAACAGAACAUCAACGGCGACCUCACCGCCUUCUGGGCUCCCUUCCUCCUCCUCCACCUCGGCGGCCCCGACACUAUCACCUCCUACUCCCUGGAGGACAACGAGCUGUGGCUGCGCCACCUGCUCGGGCUGGUUCUCGAGGUCUCCGUGGCCAUCCUGGUGUUCCUCGAGUCGCUGCCGAACCCACACCUGUGGAAAGUCGCUAUCGUGGUGUUCACCGCCGGAAUACUCAAGUACGCAGAGCGGACGCUGGCGCUGCGGUCGGCCAGCAUGGGCCAGCUGAGGCAAUCGAUGAUCAACGACACGCCUAACAUCCUCAAGUUCAUGCGGGAGUAUCAUUCUCGUGUUACAAGUGGGCUGAACGUACAUAUCAUGAUAGAUAAAGAACCAAUGCCCCUCCCUCCCACAUUUAAAAUAUCAGAGCCCCUCCCUCCCACAGAAGAACCCUUUAAAAUAUCCGAAGAGGCGACCAUAUUAUCUGCAUAUCGCUUCUUAGACACCGUCAAGCGCCUCGCCAUGGACCUCUGGCUUGGAUUCCAGGAUCGAAGAGACGGCCAAACCUUUUUUCUGCAUCUCGAUGCCUGCCGGGCUUUCCAAGUGGUGGAGGUGGAGCUCUCUUUACUGCACGAUAUCCUCCACACCAAAGCCGCCCAUGUCCAUACCCUACAAGGUCGCCUGAUGCGGGCCUUCUCUCUCACCUUGGCAGUCGUCGCCUUCGUGCUUUUCAACCGUAGCGGGAAGCACAAUAUUAACGAAGCCGACGUCAUCAUAACUUACAUCCUCCUCCUUGCCGCUCUUGGGCUCGAGGUCAUCGCCGUUAUCCUGCUCGUAUUAUCGGACUGGACCAUCGUCGCGCUGCUGGACAGGGGCAAGCUGGAGAGGCCCGUCAACGUCAGGUCGUGGGAUUUUCAAUUGGCUCAUGUAAUCGUCAAAAUUCGGAGAUGGUUGUUCCGAGAAGACACAAGGUGGUCGAAUUCCAUGAGGCAGUGCAACCUACUCUGCAUCUGUCUCAGAGAUUACAAGCAAACCACGUUCACAAGAAUACUGCAUUUCCUCGGAUUGAAAGAACUGUGGCAUAGCUAUCGGCACGUGGAAGAUACCAACGUCGAGGGAGAUCAGAAGAAGCUCAUCUUCGAGGAACUGAAGAAGAAAACCUACGGCGCCGAGGGAGACUCCACCCGGUACAAGCGAUUGCGAGCCUGCAAAGGCGAAUGGGUGCUUCAGGAAAAGGGCUACCCGAAGCUCUACUGGAGCAUGAAGAAGGAAUUCGACGAGAGCGUUCUGUUGUGGCACAUCGCCACGUCUAUUUGCUACCAGAUGUGGGACAUCGGUGCCAACGCCGAUAAGACAACCAAUGAUCCUCCUAUGAAAGUGAAGAAGGAUGAUAUAGUGGAAGGUAACAAAGAUUUGGAAGCGAAUCAAUCUUCUUCCGAAAAAGGCAAGGAAGCGAAAUGUGAUCAUCGUAAGAUAAGUAAGCAAAUAUCCGAUUACUUGAUGUAUCUUGUGGUUUCUCAACCAUCCCUGCUGCCUGCCGGGAUUGGGAAGAUCAGGUUCCAAGACACCUGUGCCGAGGCCAAAAGGUUUUUCACAGACAAUGCCAGGGAAAUUGAAUCGGAGGACCAGUACAAAGAAGCUUCAUUACUCAUGGUGAUCAAAGCACUUGUCAAGCCAAAAAGGGAGGAUCUGCCUCCGAUGGAAAAAGCAGCUUGCCGGAAGCUGCUGGAAGUGCUGGAUCCUUUACUCGAACCCGUAGAGGUGAAAGGGAGCAGGAGCACGUCGGUACUGUUCGAUGCAUGCAAGCUCGCAAAUGACCUAAACGAGUCGAAGAUGAGCAGGCCGUGGAUCGUCAUCAGUGCCGUGUGGGUGGAGAUGUUGUGCUAUGCGGCCAGCAACUGCAACUCGUAUGCUCACGCCAAGCAGCUGAGCCAGGGCGGAGAACUCCUCACCCAUGUCUGGUUACUCAUGGCUCACAUGGGAAUUGCUGAACAAUACAGGAUCGACGGAGGCGAUGCCAGAGCAAAAUUUGUAGUCGAGAUCUAAUCACAAGAACCAGAAAUUUAGAAUCGCUCCAAUUAAAUCCCUCGCAAUCCAAGAAUUUAGACCGCUCUCUCGUCCUUCCCUUCUCUUCUGAUUUCAUCGCAUAAAAAACGG